GCGCGGCGUGGCUGACGGCAGCGCGGCGCUGCUCUCGGAGAGGUCACUCCGGAGACGCGUUGGGCUUGGGGUGUGUGGGGUCGGUGACACUAUGUGGCGCGUCUGUGCGCGACGGGCCCGAAAUGUGGCCCCCGGGGCUGGGUUCCGGGCCCGGUGGACGACCUUGAAGGAAGGACCGGGCGCUCCGGGCGCGACCCCGCGGGCUGGCCCGGCUUCGGCUCGUGGCCACUGCGCGACCGCUAGAUACGGCGGGGUCCGGGCGCUCAGUGGCUGGAGCCUUAGCCGCGGGGCCACCACGCGGAGUCGCCUGCUGCUGCAGCUUUUCGGAGUGCCGGGCCGCCGCUGUUACAGUCUCCCCCCUCAUCAGAAGGUUCCAUUGCCUUCUCUUUCCCCCACAAUGCAGGCAGGCACCAUAGCCCGGUGGGAAAAAAAGGAAGGAGAAAAAAUCAAUGAGGGGGAACUGAUUGCAGAGGUUGAAACGGACAAAGCCACUGUUGGAUUUGAAAGCAUGGAGGAAUGUUACAUGGCAAAGAUACUUGUUCCUGAAGGUACAAGAGAUGUUCCAGUAGGAUCCAUCAUCUGUAUCACAGUUGAAAAGCCUGAGGAUAUUGAGGCCUUUAAAAAUUAUACAUUGGAUUCCUCGGCAGCACCCACCCCACAAGCAGCCCCAGCACCAACCCCUGCUGUUGCUGCUUCGCCACCUACACCUUCUGCUCAGGCUCCUGGUAGCUCAUAUCCCACUCACAUGCAGGUGGUUCUUCCUGCCCUCUCUCCUACAAUGACCAUGGGCACAGUUCAGCGGUGGGAAAAAAAAGUGGGUGAGAAGUUAAGCGAAGGAGACUUACUGGCAGAGAUAGAGACUGAUAAGGCCACUAUAGGUUUUGAAGUGCAGGAAGAAGGUUACCUGGCAAAAAUCCUGAUCCCAGAAGGAACAAGAGAUGUCCCUCUAGGAACCCCACUUUGCAUCAUUGUAGAAAAAGAGGCAGAUAUACCAGCCUUUGCUGACUAUAGGCCAACUGAAGUAACUGAUUUAAAACCACAAGUACCUCCACCGCCCCCACCUCCGGUGGCUUCUGCUCCUCCAACUCCCCAGCCUGUAGCCCCUACACCUUCAGCCGCUCGCCCAGCUGCUCCUGCUGGACCAAAGGGAAGGCUGUUUGUUAGCCCUCUUGCAAAGAAAUUGGCAGCCGAGAAAGGGAUUGACCUUACACAAGUAAAAGGGACGGGACCAGAAGGCAGAAUCAUCAAGAAAGACAUUGACUCCUUUGUGCCUACUAAAGCUGCUCCUGCUCCAGCAGCCACUGUGCCUCCUCCAGCUCCAGGAGUGGCGGCAGUUCCCACCGGUGUCUUCACAGAUAUCCCUGUCAGCAACAUUCGUCGAGUUAUUGCACAGCGGUUAAUGCAGUCUAAGCAGACCAUACCUCAUUAUUACCUUUCUAUUGAUGUAAAUAUGGGAGAAGUUUUGUUGGUACGGAAAGAACUUAAUAAGAUGUUAGAAGGGAAAAGCAAAAUUUCUGUCAAUGACUUCAUCAUAAAAGCUUCAGCUUUGGCAUGUUUAAAAGUUCCUGAAGCAAAUUCUUCUUGGCUGGACACAGUUAUAAGACAAAAUCACGUUGUUGAUGUCAGUGUUGCCGUUAGUACUCCUGCAGGACUCAUCACACCUAUUGUAUUUAAUGCACAUAUAAAAGGACUGGAAACCAUUGCUAAUGAUGUUGUUUCUUUAGCAACCAAAGCAAGAGAGGGUAAACUUCAGCCGCACGAGUUCCAGGGUGGCACUUUUACAAUAUCCAACUUAGGAAUGUUUGGAAUUAAGAAUUUCUCUGCCAUUAUUAACCCACCUCAGGCAUGUAUUUUGGCAAUUGGUGCUUCAGAGGAUAGGCUGGUUCCCGCAGAUAAUGAGAAAGGGUUUGAUGUGGCUAGCAUGAUGUCUGUUACACUCAGUUGUGAUCAUCGGGUUGUGGAUGGAGCUGUUGGAGCACAGUGGCUUGCUGAGUUCAGAAAGUACCUUGAAAAACCUGUCACCAUGUUGUUAUAAUUAACCCAAGAAUUUCUAGACACUCCGAAGUCAUAUUGGUUCAUUCUUAUCAAGAUAUUUAUAUAUUAUUAAACAGGUUUUUUUUUUUUUUUUUUAAAGUUAACCAGUUAUUUUUUAGUCAGUUCAGAUAAGUUAUUUGUAAUGGGCAUUAUUGAAUUUUUUCAAUGCCAAUUACACUCAAAUAUUGUGCACAUUUAAUAAAAGCCAGAUUUUAAGCUCUGUACUCCGCUAGUCAAGGUAUGUGUGACCUAGCCCUUUGGUGAUCAGUACUUCCAAUGGGAAAUGGUAAUGUUAGAAUGGUGAUUCCCUGUUGAGCUAUGUACAUAAAAGUAACAUUUGAGGUUUUGAAAUUUAAUUGCCUUAAAUGUUUUGUUUAGAUGUGAGGGGAAAAGUCAGAAAAAUCAGUCUCUUGGAGAAGGGUUUGAAGUAUAGCUUUGGAAUUUAACCCUAAUUUAAAAUUUUCUGUUACAUGAGCUGAUCUAUCAUGGAUAAGAAGGGUAGAGAACUUCAAGGAAAAUAAAUUUUGAAAGUCAACGUUUUUUUAGACCUCUUCAAUCCACUGUUCUUUAUUUUUCUAUGAAUUCCUAAAUGGUUGUUUUACCCCCUUGAGAUGAAGAUUAUAAAUAUAAAUCAACUACUUGGUAUAAAUGAGAAUUUGUGUGGGUAUUUAUUUUAACAACUUAAAUGUAAUGCUGAGAGCAGAAUUCUAUAGUUACCUCCAAAUAAAAGAAUGUACUGAUGGAUUUAACAGGAGAAAUUGUGAAAGUGGAAUUUUUUUCUCCAUUAACUGGUGGGUACUUGCAAACAAAUUUUAACUACCAGAAUUUAUUACGCAAGUAACUUUCGAAAACUGCAGCAAGUAACUAUAAGUGUAAAUAUGUAAAACAUAUGUAAAAUAAUGGUUUCUAGUGUUGGAUGUGUGCCAAAGUCCAUUUAUCACCAAGAACUGUUUGAAAAGGAGAAAGAGAUAUAUUGGUGACCAGUGUGGAGUGCUGAAAGAUGACGACCAAAACAAGUGAUCAUUCUUACUUGGGUAAAGUAAGCAAAUGUGUACAAAAAAACUGUUUUGUGUUUUUCCACCCUAGCAUUGUCAUAUGUGAACUAAGAAGGCCCUGCACAUUUAUUAAAAAAAAUUAUAUAGUUUGCUAAUUUAUUAGCCUAAUUUUUUUCAACCAUUUUGUUAAGAGUUUGGUUUUUUUCUGUUAAGAAUGGAAGAGAAAGAUAUUCAGGAUAAUAAAAAAUGAAUUGGGAUCAAUUCCAGACUGUCUAUUGAUGUUUCAAUAACAUCAAUUUAUGAUGUUUCAAUAACAUCAACUUAGGAUGAUUAUAUUAUCCUAUCCAGAAUUGUUUAUAACUGUAAGUCUGUUGCUUCGUUAUGUGUAAUUAUGUGGAGGUAUACUCUGAAAUUAGGUCUUUCAGUACUAAAGUGUCUCCAAUGGUUAUUAUUACCUGGCACAUUAAGUGACGCUCCAUAUUUUCUAUGGCUGUUCCCUUGUUAGUGUUAUACAGACAGUUCAAUACAUUAAUUCAGUUUUCCAGUAUCUGACAAUUUUAUCUCAAAUUUAGGAUUAUGCAGAAGGAACAAGCUUAUUACAAGGGAUCAUCAUUAGUAUGAGCCACAUCUUGUUCAAAUAUAUGAAACUACAAUGACAAUUCAUUCUUUGUUAAUGCUAUGGCUCUAUUGUUCCCUUGCAGGAGAAAUAAAAAGUUGCCUUCAAAUUUUUUUGAGUUAAAAAUUAAUCUGAAUAUAAUCUAAAUAUGAAUUCACUCUAUUUCUUUAUCAGAACUGAAAGAUAAAGAGAUAGUGUUUUUGGUUAAAAUUGGAUUGGUUAAAAAGUGAACUGUUCAAUGUGUCUGGUCUAGUUUUUGAUCUGAUGGUAAUUUUCAUAUUAAGUAAGACUCAGGGGUGGCAAUGUAUGUAUAAACUAUUAAACAUUUAGAGUUUAUAGAAUUGAUAAAAUUAGGACUUUGUUUAGAAUAAUAUAAUCACAGUCUAGCUUUAAUAAGCUCAAGGAGUUACUGAAGCACCUCACGUUGAGGGGUCGAAAGUGUGACACAUUCGCCUGAUCAGUGUGUAGUCUGACUCUGUUAAGAUACUCUACUCUGAGAUUUGUGAGUUAAGUUUCCAAAAGCCUGGUCUACAGGAGGAGUUGACCACAUGAGGGGUCCUCACCUCAUAAUAAUGUACAAGUUUUGGAAUACCUGGAAAAAUAAUUACCGCUGACAGUUGAUUUGAAAUAUUUGUAGAAAAAUAAUCUCUAAAUCAGGGAUAGUUAAAGUACAUCUCAAAAUAUUUCAGUUUUGAGGGAAAAAAGUGUUAAAAGAUUAAAAUUUAAAGUAUAGUACACAGUCCAUUAUGUUUUUCAGCAAAGCUGCCUUCCAUAAUGAGAGGUGGAACUGUUCUUGGAUAUACAUUACCAUUUAAAUAUUAAACAUGUUAGAUCUUGCUAUGCAUUUUACUAGUGAGUACACACAGCUGCUCACGUAGGUGGCACUACAGUGCUGAGAGCAAAAGCAGGUUAGGGAUGGGCGUUUCUAGGAAAUACGUGCUGGAAGUAGUUUUGGAAGAAAAGGUAAAGUGAUAACAUUAGUUUUUUGAGAGAUAGGAAGAAUAUAAUAGAUGUGUUACUGUUAGGACAUCCUACAGUUAGAAUUCAAACCCAGGUCAUGUUAAAGAAAAUUAUAGUUAUUUUAAAAUGUCAUAUCAAUAGUUUGUUACAUAUACAACAUUAGUCUCUGAAGUUAAAUUUUUUUAAAUUAGUUACUUUAUAAUCAACUUUAUUUAAUGUUCUAUGCUGACUAGAAUAGUAAUUAUAAGGAAGCUGUUUUGUAUCUAGAAGACAAGGGAUGGUUAAUGUUUGAUGUGCACACUACUUGGGAUAUGAUAUGGAAAGCUGAUACCUUUGUAUUGAACAACUAUCUGAAAACUUUGUGAGUGGGAAUUGAAAAGUACUUCACCUCUGUAUUUUUGAUUAUCUUUUUUAGGUAAAAGAUACUUGUCCCAAAGUGAAUUCCUUUAAAAUUGAGUUACAGCUAUUUUGGAUCAUGUUACAAUGUCUGACUAUAGUAACUGUACUGUUGUAUCCACUCCACAGACAAUCCAAUAUCCAUAUUUGAUAUUAAAAGGUCUGCCUCUGUAGCUUGGACUUCUGUCAGAACUUUUAUAGAGGCAUGGGUUUGCAUGUUAUUCUAUUGGUCCUGUAUCUUUAUUGCUGGAGGAAACCUAAACCACUAUGGCCAUCCUGGUAAUAAAAAACUUGCACAGUC